AUGGGAAGAGCAAACACUUGUUCUUUCAUGUAUCGAGAUCGCCAACUUGUUUGGUAUCCGCAUACCAACAAGCCCGUGCUGAAGCGUGGCUGUAAGUCACAUAUUGGGUUAAUCGUGAUGAAGGGACCUACCUUUCAGCACGAGAUCACAUCGGACAUAAAUGGAUCCCUGACGUGCUUCACUCUCUCUUUGGAUAUGCAAGACGACAUGACCCUUACCCCGCCUUCUCCAAAAGUCAAGAAUAUAUUAUUGGAGUACGUCAACAUACUCCCAAAGGAGCUUUCCAAAGAGCUGCCUCCAUUGAGGCACAUUCAGCAUGCUAUCGACUCAGUUCUCGAAGCAUCACUCCCAAACCUGCUACACUAUCGCAUGGAGCCGGCCAAGUACGAAGAACUUAGCCAACAGGUAUAAGAGCUUUUGGACAAGGGACUCAUCCAGCCGAACCUUAGUCCUUGUGUCGUGCUUGCAUUACUAGCGCCAAAGAAGGAUGGCACUUUGCACAUAUGCUGCGACAGUUGCACGAUCAAUAGGAUAACGGUUAAAUACCAUUUUCCGAUCCCGUGA